AUUCUCGGCUCAGCACCCGCGAGACAGAAAUCGGGGUGCCUGGGAAGACGAGGUGGGCCAAGAAGCCCCGGGGGACCCCGUGGGCCAGAUCGUGGGCUUCGCACUAGGACUGGACAGGACACCAUGGCUGAAGCACAUCAGGCCGUGGGCUUCCGCCUCUCGCUGACCUCGGACGGGGCGGAAGUGGACCUUAGCGCGCCUGUGCUGCAGGAGAUCUACCUCUCGGGACUGCGCUCUUGGAAAAGGCGGCUCUCCCGUUUUCGGGACUUCAGCCGCGCAGCCCGCAGGGCGCAGGACUUCCUGGGGCUGCAGGCGAGGGUGCUGCAGGGCUACCUGCAGCUCAAGUCCUGGUGGGCCUCCAACUACGUGAGUGCGCCCCGCCCGGGCCCCCAGCCCCCACCGGCCCGAGACAGCCCACUCCCCACCCUCCAGCCCAACAUGCUGAGCCUUCCUGCUCCUUCCCUCUGGGUGGAUGGAUCCACUCCACCCAACCACAUCCACCACCUCUGUGACAGCCGGCACGUAGCCGUCUUCCACCGCGGCCGCUUCUUCCGCGUGGGGACCCACACCCCAAGUGGUCUGCUCUCCCCGCGAGACCUGGAGCAGCAGUUCCAGCGGAUCCUGGACGACCCCUCCCCUGCCUGCCCGCACGAGGAGCACCUGGCGGCCCUGACCACGGCGCCCAGGGACACCUGGGCCCAGCUCCGGAGGUUGGUGAAGACAAGGGCGGCGGAGGCCCUGGAAGCGGUAGAAGGGGCGGCUUUCUUUGUGUCCCUGGACUCUGAGCCCACAGGGCUGACCAAGGACGACCCCGCCGCUUCGCUGGACGCCUACGCUCACGCCCUGCUGGCUGGCCAGGGUCAUGACCGGUCCUCAGAGGAUGACCUCAGGCUUUGGGGUUCUCAUGACCACUCGCUUCGUCAGAAAAAAAGAGCCCUAGCUAGAUGUCCCCGGGGACAGAGGGAGGGAGGGACUCUGAUUGCAUCCAUCUGUGCACAGUUCACUCUGGCCACCGAAUGCUUUCAGUUGGGCUACUCAGCCGAUGGCCACUGCAAGGGACAUCCGGACCCCACCCUGCCCCAGCCCCAGCGGCUGUACUGGGACCUUCCAGACGAGAUCCAUCCAUCCAUCUCCCUAGCCCUGAGGGGCGCCCAGGCCCUAUCUGGAAACAUGGACUGCCACGCCUUCCCAUUCUCCCGUUUCGGCAAAAGCUUCAUCAAACGUUGCCAUCUUUCUCCGGACAGCUUCAUCCAGAUGGCCCUGCAGCUGGCCCACUUCCGGGACAGGGGUCAAUUCUGCCUGACCUACGAGUCGGCCAUGACCCGCUUGUUCCUGGAGGGCCGGACGGAGACCGUGAGGUCCUGCACCAGGGAGGCCUGCGACUUCGUGAGAGCCAUGGAGGACAGCGGGAAGACGGGCCCGCAGCGCCUCGCCCUGUUCCGCCUGGCGGUGGACAAGCACCAGGCCCUGAUGAAGGCUGCCAUGAGCGGGCAGGGCGUCGACCGGCACCUCUUCGCCCUCUACAUUGUGUCCCGCUUCCUCCACCUGCAGUCGCCAUUCCUGGCCCAGGUUCACUCGGAGCAGUGGCAGCUGGCUACCAGCCAGAUCCCCGUUCAGCAAAGGCACCUGUUUGACACACACAAUUACCCAGACUAUGUUUCCUCCGGGGGCGGAUUUGGGCCUGCUGACGACCAUGGCUAUGGGGUCUCUUACAUCUUCAUGGGGGCUGACGCGAUCGCCUUCCACAUCUCCAGCAAAAAAUCAAGCACAAAAACGGACUCCCACCGACUGGGGCAACACAUUGAGAAUGCGUUGUUGGAGGUGGGCUCCCUGUUCCAGGCUGGCCAGGGACUCGGGUGCCGACACAGAGGCCCAGGGGAGAAAGACUCAGGGCCGGAGGGUGGAGCCCUCUCCAGCCAGACGCAGAGCUCCAGGGCCCCCACCAAGCCCACGGACCUCUGAGCCCUCCCACCUGGGAGCGGGGCUCCCUGAGGGACCCCUCCCCCGGGGGUGAGGGUCUACAGCUGGGCUGGUGCAGGACCAGGGCGGCCUGCUUGGAAAUCCCCACUGCUGGCCCAUUAAAGAUGUGUGAGCCGGG